UUCAGACACUCAUUGAUCGGAAAAACAUUCCAACUGAAGAAAAGAUAUAUUACUUGCGAAAGUAUGUGAGUGGACCUGCUAAAAAGGCUAUAGAGAGCUACUUCCUGCUUGGUUCAGAGUCAGCCUAUCAUGCAGCAUGGAGGAUCCUCGAGGAAAGAUAUGGGAAUCCAUUCCUCAUAGCCAAAGCUUUCAGAGACAAGCUGGAGGGAUGGCCCAAGAUAAGCUCUAAAAGCAGUAUCGAACUUCAAGAGUUUGCUGAUUUCCUGCGGAGCUGUGAGGCAGCUAUGACUCAGAUCAGAGGCCUCAAUGUACUUAAUGACUGCAAUGAGAACCAGAAGUUACUUGCAAAACUUCCAGACUGGCUGACUUCGAGAUGGAACAGAAAGGUAAUUGAAGUGGAGGAAGAAAGUCACAUAUUCCCAAGCUUCCAGCAGUUUGUAGAGUUUCUCACACAUGAAGCUAAGAUUGCAAAUAACCCAAUAACAUCUUUCCAUGCUCUGAAACCUGCUGAAGAUAAGCAGAUCAAAGUUUUAAAGAACAGAGCUGUAGGAGCUAAAGUACUAGCAACUAACUCGGAUGAAAAGGCUUCCUCCACAAGCUGUUUCUUUUGUGAGAAGUCAGGUCACAGUUUACACAAGUUUUGGAAAUGUAUGGAUAAGACCAUCUCUGAGCGAAUCAAGUUUGUUCAAGGGAUGAAGUUGUGCUUUGGCUGUCUGAAGCCUGGCCAUCGCUCAAAAGAGUAUGAAAAUAGGAAGAUCUGCGACACUUGUGAGAAAGGACAUCCAACCUGCCUACACGAUAAUCGCAGCAAAGAAAGAGGAAUGUCAACAAAGAUUGGAAGGGAAAUGGAGCGUAACAAGUCAAGAGAAGAAACAACAGAUCGUUCACAAGAAAAGAUGACAAGAACACCACGCAAGGUAACAUCUAACAGAGUUAUCCAGAAUGUUAAAAGCACCCAUACAUCCUCAGUCAUUCCUGUGUGGUUGUCAACUACAAGUAAGCCAAAUCAUGAAGUUCUUGUGUACGCACUCCUCGAUACACAGAGUGAAACGACCUUCAUCCUUGAAGAGACAGCAAAGGUGCUUCACACUAAAGAUGAACCAGUCCAGUUAAAGCUCUCCACGAUGACUUCAAGAAAUACAGUGGUGCCUAGCAGAAAGCUGACUGGUCUACAAAUAAGAGGAUUCUACUCGGAUAAGAUAAUCUCUCUGCCAGUAACUUACUCAAGAGAAUUCAUCCCUGCAAACAGAGAUCAUAUUCCCACACCAGAGACUGCCAAGUCAUGGUCUCACCUUGAGCACAUUGCAGAUGAAAUUGCUCCUCUGCAGAGCUGUGAUGUCGGCCUGCUAAUUGGCUACAACUGUCCUCAGGCUCUUGUACCAAGACAAGUGGUUGCUGGAGAAGAAAGUGAGCCCUUUGCUCAGAGAACAGACCUGGGUUGGAGUAUAGUUGGUUAUGGCAACCCAUGUCUUGACUUUGGAGAUGCUUUUGGAACAAGUCACCAGGUCAUUGUGCAGCAAGUGAUAUCAGUUCUUCCAAAUCUCCCAAGCGAAGUGCACUAUGUCUGUAGAACUCAGAUCAAGGAAGUAAUCCUUCCAACAGAUGUCAUCAAGGUGUUGGAAUCUGAUUUUGCAGAAAGGGCUUCGGAAGAUGAACACCUUUCUCAAGGGGAUCUUCAGUUCAUGUCAAUUAUGGAAAGUGGCAUCAGACUCAAGGAUGACGGGCACUAUGAAAUGCCACUUCCCUUCAAGAAAGGAAGACCAAACUUACAAGAUAACAAGAUAUGUGGCAUCCACCGUCUCAGAUGUCUGGAGAAAAAGUUAAAGGGAAAUGAGCAGUACUACAAAGACUAUAAGGCCUUCAUGGAUGAGACAAUAGCUCAUGGAUAUGCCGAGCUUGUCCCUGAAGAGGAUAUCAGUAAGACUCCAGCAUGGUACAUUCCCCACCAUGGGGUGUAUCAUCCCCAAAAGCCUGGUAAGAUCCGUGUCGUUUUUGACUGUUCCGUAAGGUUUCAAGGGACAUCCCUAAAUGACCAUCUCCUGACUGGCCCAGAGUUAACGAACACCUUGGUGGGAGUUUUGUGUCGGUUCAGAAAGGGUUGUGUGGCAGUUAUGUGUGACAUAGAACAAAUGUUCCAUCAGUUCCAUGUUAAGAAAGAAGACCAAGAUUAUCUCACAUUCUUGUGGUGGAAGGAUGGAGAUCUUAAAGCCCAGCCCUCCAUCUAUCGAAUGAAGGUCCACUUGUUCGGUGCAGCUUCAUCACCUGGAUGUGCUAACUAUGGCCUGAAGCAUCUUGCCGCUCAAGGACAAGAACGCUUUAGAGAAGAAACCAUCAGGUUCAUCCAGAAGAACUUUUACGUCGAUGAUGGAUUGACAAGCGUAGAAUCUGAAGACCAAGCAAUCCAACUAAUGAAGGAAGCAAGAGAGCUUUGUUGCACAGGCAAACUUCGAUUACACAAGUUCAUCUCCAACAGCAGAGAAGUCUUAGCCACAAUUCCUGAGGAAGAGUGUGCUAAAGCUGUCAAGGAUUUGACCAUGAUGUUGGGAGAACCACUAAUGGAAAGAGCACUGGGGGUACAGUGGUGUGUGACUUCUGAUGAGCUGCAAUUCAGAGUGGUUGUUAAAGAAUAUCCACUUACACGCAGAGGGGUCCUGUCCACAGUUGCCUCGGAGUAUGACCCACUUGGAUUUGUGGCACCCUUCAUCCUGGUAGGAAAGCAAAUCCUGCAGCAGAUGUGUCGUGAUAUGCUCAGUUGGGAUGAUCCUUUGUCUGAUGACCUUCGACCCCUGUGGGAGUCUUGGGUGCAAGAUCUAAAAAACUUGGCUGAGGUGAGAGUCCAAAGAUGCUACCUGCCAUCAGGCUUUAAGGUCCAGCACUAUGAGCUCCACCACUUCUCUGAUGCCAGCGUGUCAGGCUAUGGAGAGAGCUCAUAUUUAAGAGCAGUCAGUACAUCAGGUGAGGUCCACUGCUCCUUAGUCAUGGGAAAGUCAAGAGUUGCCCCUACUAAAGUCAUGACUAUACCAAGACUCGAGCUGUCAGCAGCAGUGGUAGCAGUCCGGACCAGUGACAUGCUCAAGAAAGAACUAGAAAUAGACUGCCAACAAGAAUGUUUCUGGACUGAUUCAAAGGUUGUACUUGGGUACAUCAGUAAUGAAGCCAGAAGAUUUCAUGUUUUUGUAGCAAAUAGAGUUGAGCGCAUCAAACUAAGUACAGAGGCUGGACAAUGGAGAUAUGUAGCUUCAGAAGACAACCCAGCUGACCACGCCUCAAGGGGUGCCACGGCAAAACAACUCAAAGAUUCUAACUGGUUCACAGGUCCAGACUUUCUUUGGCAGAAAGAGUUACCAACUGGAGUUGUCAUGGUGGGAGAGAUCGAGAGCAGUGACCCAGAGGUCAAGAAAGCUCAGGUUCAUGACACUCAGGCAAAAGAAGCAAGAAUACUUCUAGAGCAUCUACACAAAUUCUCAGACUGGGCAAGAUUGGUGAAAGCUGUUGCCAGUCUCAAGCGCUGUGCUAAGGAAAUCAAAGAUCUCAAGCCAAAGUCCUGUGAGGCCUCGAGCUUGGAGGAAAGGAAAGAGGCGGAGCUGACCAUAAUCAAGAUGGUGCAGGAAGCAACUCUCUUUCAAGAAAUUCAACGCCUUAAACAUCAUAAAGAGACAAACCUCAAAGACAAAGCCAACCAGCUGCACAAACUAUGUCCGUUCCUAGAUGAUCAAGGCGUAAUCAGAGUAGGAGGCCGCUUAGCUCAUGCUGCCCUACAUCCACAUGUGAGGCAUCCAGCAAUCCUUCCUAGAGACAGUCAUGUUUCUGCAUUGCUCAUCAAGCACUAUCAUGAAAGAGUAUACCAUCAAGGUCGAGGAAUGACUAUUAAUGAGCUCCGAGCCAAUGGCAUAUGGAUCCUGGGUUGCAGCAAGCUUGUUUCAUCCCAUAUUCACAAGUGCACAAGUUGCAGAAAGUUCCGAAGGUGCACAGAGCAACAAAGGAUGGCAUACCUUCCAGAAGAGCGGAUGGAAACAACUGCUCCAUUUACUUACUGUGGAAUGGACUGCUUCGGACCGUUUCAUAUUAAGGAAGGAAGAAAGGAGCUAAAGCGUUAUGGGCUGUUACUCACCUGCAUGUGUUCUAGAGGAGUUCACAUUGAAGCACUUGAUGACUUGACCUCAGAUGCCUUUAUUAAUGCUCUGCGUUCAUUCAUCGCCAUUCGUGGAUCAGUAAGGCAGAUAAGGUGUGAUCAAGGGACAAACUUUGUUGGAGCAAGGCGUGAGUUCAUUGAAGCAUUGAAACAGAUGGAUCAAGAGGAGCUCAAAGCUCGGUUGUGAAUAGCAGACCUCUAACCACUGAUCAUCUGAACGAUUCUACUAGUCCAGAGCCCUUGACACCAAACCACAUCUUGACCAUGAAAUCCACAAUCAUUCUCCCUCCUCCUGGAAAGUUUGUCAAGGAGGAUCUCUACCUCUGCAAAAGAUGGCGCAGAGUUCAACUUUUAACCAACAACUUUUGGGUACGAUGGAGAAAAGAGUACCUCUUAAAUCUUCAACACAGACAGAAGUGGACCAAAAAUCGCAGAAAUGCAAAGGUCGGAGACAUUGUUUUGGAAGCUAGCAAGAGUCAUCGAGGUGUAUCCUGGAAGCGAUGAAAGAGUGAGGAGACUCAAGUUACUCAUAAGUGACUCCUCCCUGGAUGGAAGAGGAAAGCGUACAUCCAAACCUGUUUACCUGGAGAGACCCAUUCAGAAAACAGUUACAUUGGUAGAAGCAGACUGAUGGUUCUAUCAUACACUCAAACACAGUUUAUUAGUUGUUUCUGUAUUUGAAUGUUAACAGCAAGACGGAACUAAUUAUUGGUUCCGCCCGGAGGUUUCCGGCCGGGCGCUUUUGAGCGACGCACUGAGAAAAACUUUACGGCGAAAGAGACUGAUUAUUCCGCUGUUGUAGUGUUUAAGUGGAUAAAUUUACAAGAAAAUAGACAGAAGAUGAUACGGGAGAUCUGAAAGGAUGUUUAGCACCUCUUUGUGAUAAGCAGCAAUGAGUUCUCACGGGUUGACCAACAUUAAAGCCCUGUAUUUUAACCAAGACCUCUUGCCUCAUGCCUGUCACUGG